UGCUUCUCUUGUGACAAUACCAGACAGAAAGGAAAAGCGUCUCUGACUUCCAGAUGACUUACGAGUUGCAGCGGUGACGUUGUUUUCACACCGAAGGACCAACUUCAGUGAGGGGAAUGGGGCUAAGUUAGCCGUUAGCGGACCAACUUUGAUCAUUCCCGCGGUAACGGUGGACACUCGGUGAGCCUUUUGCGUCGCCUGGGGCAAAGUUGGCGCAUGGAGAGGGUCGAAGUUUCAUUUUCUUGCGCAGCAUAUUCUCAUCGUUUUUUCCGCCGCAGCGCGCACAGUUUUUAAGCAACAACAGUUAAGUUGUUGCGUUACUUUUCUUAGCCUCAAAAGGAGUAGGAGCAACAGAGAAGGCGAGUUGAGGACACCUUACUCCUUCGGGUGAGAUGAUGGACAGCAAACCUCUUCUUCAAGACGGUCCUCCCGCCUACAACGCCGUCCCGGGGGCGCAGGGGUACGGCCUGCCCCAGCAUGGCUACGGGGCUAUCCCGCCUACGGCCCCGCCGCCCUACCAUUACCCCGGAGGCCCAGGCAAGUCGCCCCCACCUGCUGCAGGAUUUCCAUCGGCUCAGAUGGGGCCUGCUGUUGCCCAGCCGCCCAUCACGGGCUCUUACACCAUCAUCCAGCCCUCUGUAGUGGUGGUGGGGGGCUGCCCCGCCUGCAGAGUGGGGGUUCUGGAGGACGACUUCACCUGUCUGGGCAUCCUGUGCGCCAUCUUCUUCUUCCCACUGGGCAUCCUCUUCUGCUUCGCUCUGCGUCAGAGGAGGUGCCCCAACUGUGGCGCCACCUUCGGCUAGAGGGACCAAACUACAACUCAUUUACACAUAAUCCAGCAGCAUCCUGUGCAACAAAUCCUUUCGAUUUUUUUUUGGCCAUAAAUUUUGAUGUUUAGAAAUCUAUUUUCAUCUUCAAGGAUAUUUUUAGCACGUGUGAGCGUCAGUGCCUUCACUACUUGCUGAGUGAUCAGAGACUUGUUUUCUGUGAGUUUUGUUUGUGGAUCUGAGCGGAUUCCUUCACCCAAGGCCAUUAGUUAUUUUAUUGCACACUUUGCUUUCAGUCACCAUCAUACUUGGUGACGUUGUACUCGUAUCACUGAUAAAUUGCCAUUUAAUUUUUGAGAUCUGCUUCGACCGGAUCAGUGGACUUUUGCCGGCCAGCUCGUUUGUUUUUUGUUAUUCUCGGGGCCAUAUUUGCACUGACAUAUUGUUGAUGAUUCUGCUGGGUGGUUUUUCCAGAGCCCAUGCAGACCUCAGGUACAUACAAUCUGAAGCGGUCCCGCUGGUGGACGUUUAAGAGGAGACUCUCGUGUCAAAGCGGAGCUGAACUUCAGCUCAUUUGAAAGCUGAACUUCGAUGUGUAUGAUUAUUAUUUUUUUUUUAUCUCCAUACUCUGACAAAUCAUCCUCCUCCCAGUCCAGACACCGGAGAAUGUCUUUGUCCCCUCCGUGUCUGCAGAUGUCUUCCACAGCAGGAUGUUUUAAAUCCGUUCACCACAGAAGAUGGAACCAGGUGGGAGGGGUUCAAACUAGUCUCGCUUUAGACAACACACUACUCACGCUCUUCUGAUUGAGAUUCUUACUUUUUAUAAAGGUUACUGUAAUUAAAAGUUAAUGCUACUCGUUUAUUUUUCCUUUUAUUAUAAUUAACACAAAGGCCUAACAAUUCAGUUUUAUUUGGAUA